UUUUUUUUAAAUGAAUCACUGUUACAUCUUUUGAUACAUGUGCAUGUUUCUUGUACUGUGGUGUCUAGCGGCUGCAGACUGCUUUCAAGCUUUGGUUCCCCGGAAUAACUCAAGAGCUCUGCAUGUGAGGAACAAGGCGAGGGCUCAUCUCUCGCGAGGAACGACGCCGUUAUCGGAAUCUCUACAAACAACACGAGAAUUCAUCAUUCACACGUUGUGAACAAUGUCGGAACAAGAGUUGGGUGAAAUUGUGCAGAUAACAGUGGAGGAGUUCAACCAGGAAGAUCGAACAGAGAUGCUGGACAAUCAUGAAGAUGAUGAAGAAAGGCCACAAAAGAAAAAGAGGAAAUUAAGUAACAGCCAGGAGAAUAACAACAACAACAACCAAGACAUAUCUUUUAUUAAGAACCUUUUGGUCUCAUUCACUGCAUCAAUCAGCAAUCGACUUGAGGGAAUUGAAUCAAAGUUACAGGCUCUGGAUGCUACAUGCAAAGCCCUUGGACGCAAACUGGACAGCAUGGUACCUUGUGCAAAGAGUCCCAUCCAGGUUCCUAUGGUUGCAGGGUCUCCUCAGGGGGCCACUCAAACAUGGAACAAAGUGCGCUGUGUUGUUCCACAAACAAAUGUGAUUGUGAGCAGUGAACACCCGAAGGGCACUUCUAGCCAAGAAGACACCCCUCUGGAGAAUCUGCUUAGCAACACAGUGACCAGGAAGCGUCAGAACACAAUCCUGGUAAAGGUGCCGGGCCCCGAGGAGAGUCAGGAAGAACAAGAGAGUGGCUCAGAGGCCAGUGACACUGUCUCUAACAGCGGCCAAUCCAGCAAUGCACAAAAUGGCCCAAAUGUCACAUUAAUUACGCUCAAUUCAGAAGAUGAUUACCCAGCGGGUACCUGGUUGGGAGAUGAGAACAACCCAGAGAUGCGUGUUCGUUGCCCAGUGUCCCCAGCUGACAUGCUCCACAUCACCACAAACUGCCGCACAGCAGAGAAGAUGGCACUGACACUAUUGGACUACUUGUUUCAUCGGGAAGUCCAAGCCAUGUCAAACCUCUCUGGCCAGGGCAUACAUGGCAAGAAACAGCUGGACCCCCUCAUGAUCUAUGGCAUUCGCUGCCACUUGUUCCACAAAUUUGGCAUCACUGAGUCAGACUGGUAUCGCAUUAAGCAGAGCAUCGAUUCAAAGUGUCGCACCGCCUGGAGACGUAAGCAGCGUGGUCAGAGUCUGGCUGUCAAGAGCUUCUCCAAACGCACACCUCGUAGCACAGCCCCAGCAGAGGGAAGCAUGGCAGAAGAAACGGCUCACAUUGAGACUGCCACCCAGCAGACCUUGCACUACACACUGGCCAAUCAACAAGUCCAGUUCCACCGGAUUAGCGAGGAUGGACAAGUUCAGGUGAUUCCACAGGGUCAGCUGCACAUCGCCCAGGUGCCACAAGGAGAGGAGGUGCAGAUCACACAGGACAGUGAGGGAAAUCUUCAGAUCCACCAGGUACAUGUUGGUCAGGAUGGACAGGUGCUGCGCGGGGCUCAGCUCAUCGCGGUGGCAUCAGCUGAUGGCGGAGCCACAGCAGUAGAAGGCUCCCCUCUCCCCCCUGACAUCCAAGUGCAGUACGUCCAAUUAGCCCCCGUCGCAGAUCACACAGCUGCCGUACAGGCUGCUGAGCUCGCCCCGGCCCUGCAGACGGACAUGGAGGUGAAAGAGGCCAUCCAGGGCGCCAUCCAGGGAGAGAACGGCGAAGUGGUCCAGAUUGUAACGUCUGUGGCCACUUGAGAGCCCCAUCUGGUCCAACACAGCCCAGAACUCUGCUCCACAGCAUGGUCUGACGAGUCUCAAUGGGAACAUCAGAAAUCGACAAAUGCAUACAGUCUGACAAGCGAUUAAGUCAGAGAGCAUUUUUAAUAAAUACUGAAGGUCACUGAUGAAACACAGGGAGGAAGCAUUUUUAUGUUUUUUUUUUGUUUUUCCCUGCAAACUCAAUCCGUUGCCAACCAUAUGUCGCAAUAUGGAAAUGUUCACAGAGAAGUUGAAAAGACCAUGAUGCUCCAAAAUCAACUGUGGUUUUUCUGUUGUUUUCAUCACCAGAAGGACCUGGCCCACCACAGAGUACACAGUGGGAUUAUUGUCUAUCCAGGGAGGAUGCUGCUUAUGCAGACCAUCACCCUGCCACUUCAUCAGCACACACGCUUGUUUACAUCAACUUUGGAAAAUAGUAGUUAUUUGGAGUUAAGCUGCUUGGCUAACCCCAAAACCCCCAUGAGGGUUUGUAAAACCCCUAAAUCCCACCUCAAACAACCAGUACUGUGCUCCUUUUCUCGUCAUUUCUUGUCACGGUGGACUGCAGUGGAAAGUAGAUUUAGCUGAGUACAGCUACUCUUGGUUGUGAUUAAUUUGGUUUCCUGUCACUCUCCAUGAUUCAGUCCAUACUGUGUCUCCCGGCUUUGAGCCCUGCCUUCCUUUACUUCGCUCCUCUUGUUUUCAUUCUGCUGUAGCCGCACAUCUUUGUUUGUUUGUUUGAUUUAUCUAAUUGUAACAUGCCGAAAUUUAAGGGGGGAGCUUUAAUUUCGGAGGUAGAAGACCAUGAAAUAGAAGAGAUGGUGCCAGUGGUAGACAGUACAAGUUGCUUGUAGAAAACCGAGGAAACCUUGAAGUUGUUUAUCCCCCCGUUUUGUCUCUGUGAAAGAUACAUUCAUGUGAAUAAAACAUGUUUGUGGUUGCCAUAAAAGUGUGUUUUUAUUUUGGUUUCUCACUGUAUUUUCUCUUUAUUUCCAUCAUCCGUGGCCAUCAAAAUGCCUUCAAAGUUUUCCAAGACAUUACUUUGCUUUCAUCCAUCCCAAACAGAUAAUUGAAGAAAGCGUGAAAUGAUAGUUUGGUUUUGAGGUCUUGUUUCAUGUUGAGCUUAUUUAUUUACUAUUUUUGAAGUAAAUAUGUAUCAUGUUAACUUCAAUAACCAUGGGAUUAGGCUACGGUGUUGCCAGGAAUACUGAUCUUUUAAGCUAAGCUUUUACAUGGUCUCAAGGUUUUUGUUAAAAGAUAAAAUUAAUAUGUUGGCCUCAUUAUAGCAGAACUGUAAUUACAUUUCUUCUGCAUCCACUCUCUGUGCUCACUGCAUGGUUUUGUUUUUCUGUCACAAGACACAGAAAAUGUGUUGUGUUGUGUUCGAGUGAUGCUCCGCUAAUGAUGAAUAUCUCUGCAGUCAGCAAUAAAAGAGAUAAGCAAGAUACUCUGAGACUGUGUGUUAGUUUGGGGAAGUUUUCCCAUGCUCGGUGUGAUGUAAUAGUGUAUUUUGGAGUUGGGGGAAAGAACCAGGCGACAAAAUGAACUUGAUAAAACAACAUCCAUGGUCUUGGCUGCUUCCUCUUGUUUCCUUUCAGUCUGUUGUUGCUGUCUCUGACCCGCUUUAUACUGCCUCCGCAUCUCCCCUCACCGACUCGCUUACGUAUUCCUCUUCUCCCACUCAAAUUGUGUUUUCCUCUUUCUCCUUUGGGAGUUGUGUUAACCCUUUAACA